AUGUACCAACAACAACAACAGAUAAUGUUUUCUGAUCUUGGUUUACAACCUAUUGUCCUUCAAGCUGUACAGAAAUAUUUGACAACCAAUGAAGAUUUGAUACGACCUACAGAAAUCCAAGCUCUAUCUAUUCCAACAUUACUUUCACCUCAACAUCGACAUGUACUUUGUGCAGCCGAAACAGGAUCGGGGAAAACGCUGGCGUACCUGUUACCUGUGAUUCAACAAUUGAUGGUGGAUGAACAAAAACAUGGUAUCAAACGACGAUUAGAUCAUCCAAGAGCAUUGAUACUUGUACCUACACGUGAAUUGGUAUCUCAAGUGGUCAAAACAUGCAAACAACUCUCCCAUACGGUGAAAUUCCGAAGUCUAGGUGUGGAACGCGUUCAACGAUCCAAAGUGAUACCCCAACUGGCCAGUGGACCUGUGGAUAUUCUUGUAACAACACCAACAGCAAUGCAACUCCUUCUUAAACAACAGAUGGUAUCUUUGGCGGAUACAAGGUAUAUGGUGAUGGAUGAAGCUGAUUCUUUAUUUGAUGCGGGAUGGGGAGAGGACUGUCGCCAACUGAUUGAUACAAUACAAACCAUUCAUCAUGAUCGACCUCGUAAGGAAAAAAUGAUGAUUGUGUCUGCCACACUCCCACGUUCGGUACAUACCACAUUGGACAAACUUUUUCCUCAUUUGGUCAAGAUCACUACACCUUCCCUGCAUCGUGCAUUACCUAAUCUCAAGCAAUCCUUCAUUGAUCUACAACGAUUUCAAGGUAAUCGACAAUUGGCUUUAUUGGAAGUGCUCAAGAAGAAUAUCAAGGAUGAAAAAACAUUGGUGUUCUGCAAUACAAAAAAAGCGGUGGAACUGGUACAUCAAUGGUUGGAAACAAAGAAUGUUCAAGCGUUACCUUUGUAUAAGGAUGCCCCCAUCGAUCGUGAUGAAGCUUUGACUCGAUUUGCUGACAAAACUAGUGGUGACAAUGUGAUGAUUAGUACGGAUAUUGCUUCGCGUGGGAUUGAUACGACAUUUGUGGACCAUGUGAUCUUGUAUGAUUUUCCAACCUCCGUGGUGGAUUAUUUACAUCGUGUGGGAAGAACGGCUAGAGCAGGAACGGUUGGCAAGGCUUCUUCAUUGAUUGGACGCAAGGAUCGCAUGAUGGCUGAUCGAAUUCGACGAUCUAUUCGUGAAGGCACAGUAAUGACCUAAAUUUGUAUAUAGUUUAGUUAAAUGAUAUAGAAAUAAAGUUUUUUUACCCUUUUUUUUGAUGUUCACCGACAAUAAAGGUUUUUUAGUAUAUUGA